CCCUUAGUGCAUAGUCAUGUUUACAUUCCUGUAUGAUAUAUUCAAAUGAUGAAAAUAUAAAAAAAAAGUACAUAAAUAAAAAAAAUUGUUUAUAUGUAUUUAUAAUAACAUUGUACAACUUGAGAAAUUGAUAAAGCAUUUUACAAAAAUGGAUAUUACGUGGACAAAUACUACUAAAGCAUUACAGGAUUUUGCAAGUAUCUUGGUUUGUGGAAAAUGUGGAUCUAAACCAAUAUCUCCCGUAAGACUCACAAAUUGUGGACAUUUUUUUUGUCAGAAUUGUGUCAGGUCUGAUACAAUAUGUGUUAAAUGUAAUAUACCUGUGCAACCAUGCGAAAUUAAUCCUGAUUGCUUAGUAUCAAAUCUUAUUCAGGGAUGUGAUACUAUUGCACAAAUUAUUAAAAGGGAAAAUAUAUGGGAUAACAUUGUGGAAGUAUCUAAUAUAUCAUUAGACAAUACGGUGUCUGAAAUAUUUAAUACACCAAGAAAACAUUCUUAUAUUAGGAAGAAUAUAAAUAAACCAAAUGCAAAAGGAGAAACACAAUUGCAUACUACAUGUUUAAAGAGAAAUGCAGAACAAGUUAAAUAUUUGUUGAUAGCUGGUGCAAAUCCUAACACAAAAGAUAAUGCAGGUUGGACACCAUUGCAAGAGAUAGUUAAUUAUGGAUAUAUUGAAAUAUGUCAAUUACUAUUAAGUUGUGGAGCAUUGCCUAAUAUGUCAGGUUAUAAAAACAGAACUCCACUGCAUGAAGCUGUUGAGUUUGAUAAAAUUGAAGAAGCUAAAUUAUUGUUGGCUCAUCAAGCUGAUAGGAACUUAUGUGAUCAAUAUGGCAAAAAACCUAUAGACUAUUGUAAAUCAGAGAAGAUGCGACAACUUUUAAUGGAUGUGCAGCCCUCAUCUGAAAAGAUAUUGGACAAAAGUAUUAAUCAAACGCUAAAUACAACUUUACAUGUAAGAUAUGAUAAAUUUGUGAUUUAUGCCUCAAAUUUAAAACAUGAAAAUCAGAAAUUGCUUGGUGUCAUUGCCACAAAACAUAAACUCAAGAUUUUGACUACAUAUAGAUCAUCUGUUACUCAUGUUAUAGUAGAGGUAAAUGAACGGAAUAUUACAAAAUUGACAUUAGAUGUUUUAUUCACAAUUAUCCAUGGCAGUUGGCUUCUUAAUAGUGAAUGGAUUAGACUAGCAGAAGAUAUGGAUGACAUAUCUAAUAUGGAUUUUGAAUUGUUUGAAGUUAAUGGCGCACCAACUUCUGAUGUCCCAAAAAGAGCGAGACAAAAUGCGGAAAAUCAGAAUCCACGUCUAUUCAACAACUGUUUCUUUUAUUUUGCUUUACAAAUAGAUAUAAUUUAUCAGAUUGGUGAUCUAGAAUUAAGAAAAGAAGAUUUGAUACGACUUGUGAAAGCAGGAGAAGGAACAGUUCUCACUAGAGAACCAAAUCCAGAAGAUCUAAAGGAUAUGAUGCAAGUGAUACCUUUUCACAUUGCGAAUAAUUCAUCUCAUCCUUUGUAUAAAUGUACGCAUUAUAUUAUAUAUAUGCCAGGCAAAGGUGAACCACGUAUUAAAUACAAAAUGCCUCAUAUCAAGAGUCUGCCACUUAUAUGGCUGAUUGAAUGUAUAGAGAAAUUUACUUUGGUUAAUCCGGCUCACUUAGGAUUAUCCUAAAUAUCUAACAAUGCAUGCUAUCAUGCAAUAUUACUAUAAAAUAUAAUUAUUCUAAUUUUUCUUUAUUCUAAAUAAUUUUUUUAUUUUUAUUUUAUUUCGGUAACAUGAAAUAAUUGUAUAUAAAUCUUUAUGUCAUAAAUGUUAAAUUUAAUUUAAGGCAGGUUUCAGAGAAAUUGUAAAAUUUUAUUAGGAAUUUGUAAAAUAUAGUUAAUAAUAUUAAAACAUUAUAAAAUAUUAAGAAUUUUAUAUUUUUGAGGAUAAACAGAAAGGUAAUUAAAUAAUUUUAUUUAAGUUUUUAUUUAAUAAAAAUAAUUU